UAUUCUUUUCCUUCUCUCUCCGCAAUCUUCACAGUCCACGAGGAAUCCUCUCCUCUUCCCACCACUACAUAAAUAUCUCCCACUCUUUCAUUGCCAUUGCCAUCUUCACGACCUUUACCAACCAAAAAGAACCACUUCAUUCCCCCCAACAAAAAUGUCGACCGCCACCCGAAUCCUCAUCUCCAUCUUCGCCAUCUUUUCCGUCGCCGGCGCCGCCCACCACUCCGCUCCGCCGCCGGCGCCCGACUGCUCCACCGUGAUACUGAACCUGGUCGACUGCUUAUCCUACGUCACGAGCGGCAGCACGGUGAGCAAGCCGGAGGGGACGUGCUGCUCCGGGCUCAAGACGGUGUUGAAAACCAACGCGGACUGCCUGUGCGAGGCCUUCAAGAACAGCGCUCAGUUGGGUGUCACGUUGAAUGUCACCAAGGCCUUGGAUCUGCCCUCCGCGUGCCGUGUCUCCGCUCCUUCUAUCAGUAACUGUGUGAGUGUUGCCCCUGGUGGUGCUCCAGAUUUGCAGGGUAGCAAGAUGCAUGGGCUGAUCUAAACUUGUCACCUAUAAGGGCAACAGGAGAUUCCUGCAGCCAUGGUUAGAGGAAAUCCCCGUCCUUAGAUUAAUGUCCAUGGGAAUUUUUGGGCCUCUUUUACUUUGGAGGGUGAUACUAGGGCUCCCAUUAAAGAGAAAACGAAAAAGGCACUUGCACUCACACCCUUUCAUUCUCAUGUGUGGAGUUCGUGUACCUUUUGAUUUGGAGUAAGUUUGUCAUUUUUCCAUUAUGAGUAAUUUAGCAGGAGUGUAUUCUACUCAACACAAACAUAGGCCAAGUGUUCUUGGGGCCUGUAGGGUCGAAACCAUUUGGUAGUUCUAGUUAGGGAAUACAAAGCGCCAAAGUCACUGAAUAAAACAUUCUUCACAGAAAAGGAGCACUAGUGAGGUAACAAGCUUGUUAAGUUAGAGAAAAAACGGUGACCCGAGUUUUGGUUGUUGUAAAUAAGAAAAGGCGCCUAAACUUGUCCUACUCAUCUCACUGGUACAUCGGAGAAAUAACACCUAUAACAGUUGCUAGUUUAAGCCAUGGUUGAACAAUGCCACGGUUUUUUUUCUGUAGCAUUCUUGUCUUUUAGAAUCUUGGUAACUAUGACUUUUCAUAAACAACUAUUGAUUCACAAUUUGUGAUGGAUAAAAUUGAACGUUUCACUGCCCCAUCACUGAUUUUCUAUUCAAGUUAGUUUUCACUUUUACACAUUUUAGGAUGAUGCAAAGGUUUUUUUUUUUCUCCCUUGUAAAGGGGGUGCCUUGUUAGCUCAUGCUCUUAGCCACGUUAACAAGUGAAUACUGAUUAUACUUUUACAUUCCAGACAAGAUGGGGUAGGUAAAGAAUGCACAACUUUUUGUUGCUUUGAUUUGAUAACGUUAGGCCUUAAGGCAAUAAAGACACGCAUUUCUUUUUCCAUAUCAAGAUUCAAGACUCUCGUAAAAUCAAAAUAAGGUGCAUGGUGUUCAUACUGUAGGUUUUUGACUCCAUCAACAUAAUGGCAUACAUGCUUCCCACCUAAGGAAAAAAGAACAAUUUCUACUUCCAUUCUGACUAGUGCUUUGCUUAUCAAAAAAGAUUGCUUCCAAUCCCAUCGCCCGUUUUGAGUUUAUUUACCUUUAAUCCAAGCAUAGAGUUGGAAUUUAAUUUUGUUCAUCCUCCUUAGAAGGGGGUGAACAUUACCCUCAUUUUUCUAUUGGUUGAAAUGGUGUAGAUCCCACCACAAAGUGAUAUCAUGCUUAUCAAAAAGUGUAUUGUAGGGGCGGGAUCUACACUAUUUCAAUCAAUAAGAGGGAGAGUAUGAACAAAAUUAUGAACAAAAUUGCACUCAGUUGCCUCAGUUUUAGAGGCGCCAGAAUGUAAAGUCACCCUCCCUAAAAGCUAUCAUAAGCACUCCCCGAAAUGAGGAUAGAUUAGAAGCUGGUCCUUGUCUUUCUGUCCAAGCAAAUCUAUUUGCAUUAGUAGAAUAAUCUAUUAUAUGUUUG